AUGUCACCGCCCAGGCGCGAGGGCUUUAAGAUCAUCUUCCUGCUGCCACCCGGCCACGAUUGGGCGUCUCUCUCCCCUGCUGCCAUUCGCCCUUUCGAACUAUGUCUCGUGACCCCAGAGCUCAGCGAAGUCUACGGCCUCAGUAGCUGUGGCUUCGGGGACUUCCUCCUGGCCACGGCUUUGGGCUUUGCUCCAGGAACCAUUGGGCUUGUGUAUGCUGCUACCGCAGCUCGCGACGUGAUGUCAGAUGGCGGCAGCCAACCUUGGUAUGUCUAUGCAGUCGGGCUUGUCGUCACAGCCGCACUUCUGAAGAUCGUCUCCGACGUGGCGUCCCAGGCGGUCAAGGAGGCGGUGGAGGAAGAUGCCAAGGCAGCUGAAAGCUUAGGACGGCUUCAAGUGGUUCAGAUUGAGACAGUUGAGACCUUUGAGACGGUCCAGACGGUUGACGUGGAGAGCCGCGAAAAAGUCAAUGCUUGA